UCAAAAUACCAAAAUCAGCGAUCCAAAAUUAAAAUUAAAUAUAUUGUAACAAUAAAAAUUGUACAUGAUCACAAUUUACAUUAUUUUAAGUAAUUAUUGUUAAACUUCAUUACCUUUUUGUUUUUUAAACCCGGGUAUUGUUAAGAAAUCCGCUAUGGCAGACGAAGAAGACGAAGGUGGAUUUGGUGGUUUAUAUGAAGACGGACAUUGGGCCUGGGAUGAUAGUACGGAAGAAUUAGUCUUUAUAAGUGAUCUACCUCCGCAACUCAUUGAAGCUAUCCAAAUACCAACAAAAGCUCCGACUGGAACUAUUGAGUUUAGAGAUGACAUUGAUUUAAUAGAACAAAUUCGGUUCCGGCGCCGGUAUCAAAGGAAAUUGAAACCGGGCCAGGCAGAUGUUAUAACUAUACAGGAUGUCAAAGAUAUUGCCCUGUACACAGCGCCAGUGAACAUUUUAAGUCCAAUGUUAAUAAAUGUGUUACACAUCCCUACAAUGGAGAGGUUCCUUCGAGCGCUCAUCCUCUAUUGUCAGUAUUAUUUACAGAUAGCGGAUGAAAUGGCAAAUCGCAUUAUUGAACUGGAGACAAAAGUACGGACACCGCAGGGUGACGUGGUUGAAAGUGAAUUCCGGGACAACUUAUCGGAUUUAAGGCUUUUAGUGGCGAAGGAAUACUGUACAAUGCUCAUCGGUGGCAGUGACACAAAAAAAUUCCAUCAUAUGGGCCCUAACAAGAAACGUCAAUCGUUAUCUGAUAAAGAUGCUAGACUUUUUGAAACAUUACUACGUAUGUGUGUACAAAUAGUUUGGUUGGCACUUGGACGCAAGGCUUUUAAUCAAAUAGAGCUGGAAGUUAGCAGGGUAUUCAAGUCAGAGAUAUUUGACUCCACGGAGCACAGGCUGCACACUAACUAUAUUGCGAAGAUGGCCAGGGAAGAGAAGUCGGUGCUGCUGGGCCACUGCGUACGACACGACAAGAAGUUGAACACUUGUUCACCUCUCAUGAAUGAAGUGUUCUGUCAUCGGUACAUCGACUAUCGCAUGAUGGGGCUUGGAGUCAUAAAGUGUAUUCAGCCCUCACCCAGACUCCUGUAUAUGCUGCAUGCGAUAGCAGGUUCAGAAGAGAAUUUUUCUAACUUAGGAAUUGUUCUUGGGAUCAUCGGACUGCAGCGAUCAACUUUCGAUACAAUGUUACGACCCCUGCCGACUGCCACCGCCGAAGGAAAAUCGAAAGCUUCGGUAUCCUCUCAAAGCCAUUCAUCUAAGAGCACCACAAGUAGCUCUAUGAGGAAAAGUCAGUUGGUUAGCAAGAAGCAAUAUCCUGAUAUAGUCUUACCUCGAAAGGAUUCACGGAUUGUGGAGUUCCCUUCACAAUUUCCUGAUGAACCUGAAGAAAUUCUGCCGUGUAGUGAGACGCAGCGGCGACGCUGGCAGAAUAGACUACAGAAACUUCUUCAUCCGCAUUAGAUAAAUGAUUUAUCCGUAAUUUUUCGCAUGUAUUUAAAAAUUAUUUAGAAAUAAAUUAUUGUUCAUACUGUCAACGCUUUUUGCCGGGUAAAGGUAACCGGUAAAGAACAUGCCGCAUUUGCGGAUUAGUUUUAUAAUAUACCUACAGAAAAUUAAUACCUAUCUACCGAAUUUGUACGAGAAUAAUGGGAAACGCAUCACGUUAUAUUAUGUAGGCUUCGAAUAUAGAGUUCUACAAAAUACUUUGGAAAAAAAUGCCCACGUGAAGGCUUAUUUUCUCGCUAAGAUCUUAUUAUUAAAAGCUCUUUGUAUUGAAAUUCGG